CUUUGGCACAAAUGUUUACAAAACUAGACGGCAAAAUCAAGGGACUGGAUUAAACGCAAAAUGAAAUUAACGAUAAAAAUAUUAAAAGGUGAAGAGUAUAUUGUAGAGACCACCGAGGACUCUACAAUUCUGCAGAUCAAGGAAGACAUAGAGAAGAAAAGUUCAAUUCCGGUUGAACAUCAGAAGUUAUUGCUGGUUGGUAAAGCACUAGCAGAUGAAAAGACCGUGGCUUCCUACGGCAAUUUUACCGAUGGAACAAAGCUGACACUAGUAGUCAAAAAACCAGACCCUCUACGAGAUGUCAUUUAUCGGCACUUUAAACGGUUCCUCCAAGAAGAGCAAUCGCAACGAUUAACGACUAAAUUCAUGGACGAUUUCGAACACAAGCUGAACCAACUCAGUCUCGAUGAUUUAGAAAAGAUUGCUGCGGAAAUGUUAUCCAAAAAGGGACAGAAUGUUCAAGCCGUGUCGUAAUAUUGCAUAGUUAUUCCAAACUCGGAACUGACUGUUUCCUUUGUUUCCAAAUAACGUUAAAAUAAGAAGUACUGAAUAAACA